CCGCACUUCAAUUUCUCGUUCGUAACCCCCCACCGCCAAAUCAACGACGAACACUGCAUAUUUCUCGCCCAGCUCCAUCAAAACCCAAAGUUUGGGACCACGAGACAAUACAAAGCCUUUGCUGUGCUUCGUAUUUUGACAAGUCCAUACGCAAGACAGAUACCUCCAUAAACAUUAUCAUCGUUGACGAUCAACACCGCCAUCAUGAGCUCCACCGAAAAUACCGAGCCCAAGGUCGCGGAGACCAAGCCUGAGGGCACCGAGGUACGCGCUGUGCCCGUAAUCAGCGGCCAAUAUCCACCAGCAACUAUCCAGAAGCUAGCCACCACGCUUAGGAUAUUGGCCUGGAUGGAAGCUAACCCAGAUCCACAGGAGACCAAGCCUGUCACUUCGUCUUCCGUCUUCUCCAUGUUCGGCGGCGGCGCAAAAAAGGAGAAGAAAGAAGGAGAAGAAGACCGCGGCGACAACUCAGGCAGCGCCAAGGCUCAACGCGAGGCUGCUGCCGCCGCCAAGGGUGAUGACGACGAGGCCCCAGAGUCCGAGGACGUCCAUUUCGAACCCGUCGUCAAGUUGACCGAGAAGGUCGAGACCAAGACAAACGAGGAGUCGGAGGAGCAGUUGUUCAAGAUGCGCGCCAAGCUAUUCAAGUUCAUUAGAGAUACUAGCGAAUGGAAGGAGCGUGGCACCGGUGAUGUCCGACUGCUCAAGCACAAGGAGAACGGCAAGACUCGAUUGGUCAUGCGUCGCGACAAGACCCUCAAGGUCUGCGCCAACCACUACAUUAUCCCCGAGAUGAAACUUUCUCCCAAUGUUGGCAGUGACCGAAGCUGGGUGUGGAACGCGGCUGCCGAUGUCAGCGAGGGUGAGCCCGAGGCUGUGACGCUCGCCAUCCGCUUCGGCAACUCGGAGAACGCCAACCUGUUCAAGGACGCCUUCCUCAAGGCUCAGAAAGAGAACGAGGCUCUCUUCACCAAGGAGGAGGCCGAGGAAGAGGCCGCCGCGGCGAAGGAAGGGGCUGCUGCUGAGGCAGCCCCCGAGGCAUGAAGAAUCAUUUCAGCAUCGAGUAGGCAGUAGGAAUACGGAGGGACACGAAGCAGAGCAUCAGCUCGAGGAUUUGAAGCCCUUUUAUCAGAGGAAUUGUGGCUGGCGCGAAAACGCAUUGCACAGUCUCCGGCCUGUAGUCAGUCACUUCAUGCGAAUGAUGAGAUUUAGAUAGUCUCCGGGCGGAUUGAGAACCCCCCUAGCUUUGACUUCACUGCGCGAACCCACCCCCCAACCACAUAUCACGAAUAAAGAAAGAACCAAUGCCCCACACCUCGACCGAGGCUCGCAGAGAGAGUCGCAGACCUGUAUUUGUAUAUAGACUCGUUCAUCAUCUCGGCUGGUGUUAGAUGUCGAAGGAUUAGUCACAAGCCUAGACCGAACUGAUCUAGGCAUAUGUCGCGGCUAUAACUGCUAAACCCCCAUUGCCAAAACUAAUCAUG